UGCUACGGGAAGAAGGGAAAAAAAACAGAAAAACACACUAAUCUGAGCCGGGCGGCCAUCUUUGCUGUGCUCGCCGAGGAGAGAGGACGGAGACCAGACCUUCAGACCCGGAUCGAUAACACACAUUGGAGGAUCGAUCCGGUUCCGAUCGUUGUGCAGAACCGGACCGACUGGUGGACUGGGCUCGCUCUCGGAUCCCGGAUCAAACCGAACCCCGGAACGUGAAUACGAGCAGAUAGCUGCAGCAAUCAGUCGAUCGGCGGAUCGAUGCGGUUCUAUGGACACGUGCUGGUCUCUGGGUUCGGGUUAGACUUGGUACCGGGCCGGGCGUCUCCCGGUGGAUCCGCUCAGGAAGAGAGCUGAAGAUCCGGGUCUACGGUUCUCGCUAAUGUUUGGACCGGGACCCGGUGCCGGUGCUCGGGGUCCACCAUCAGAACCGGAGCUGCUGUAAAGGCGGUUGGUCCGUUCGGGUCACCAUGGGCCCCGCGACCCGGCUGGCCUUCAGCGUGUUCCUGGUGUCCUGCUCCUCAGGUUCCAUCCUGGGCCGCUCGGACACCCGGAAGUGCAUCCACUACAACUACAACCCCUCCUCCUCCUCCUCCUCCUCCUCCUCCGUGGGGUUGGAGAGUUGGGGGAACAUCAGCGGGGUGGUCUCGUGCCCUGGAGAUAAAGACAAGAGACGCCACUGCUUCGCCACCUGGAGGAAUGUAUCUGGCGUGGUUCAGGUGGUCAAGCAGGACUGCUGGCUGGACGACACCAACUGCUACGACAGGAGUGAAUGCGUGGAGAGGAAAGACGCUCCGGAAGUCUUCUUCUGCUGCUGCGAAGGAAGUUUGUGCAACAAGAACUUCUUCUACAGCCCCGACGGCAACCAGCCGCAGAUCUCCAGUAAGUGUGAACCCCGUUGGUAUGACGUCAUCGUAACUCUUCUGGAGGUCCUUCAUGUCCUCCCCCUCGCUCCGCCCCUAGCGACCAACGAACCGGUGCCUCCGAAGACCCCGGUGCUCACCAGCCUGAUGUACUCGCUGGUUCCCGUCAUGGCUCUCGCCGCCAUCGUCCUGUUCUCCUUCUGGAUGUACCGACACCACAAGCUGGCCUACCCUCCGGUCCUGGUGCCCACGCAGCACGCCUUUCAUAUAAUGGUCGAGGACCCCGGCCCCCUGCCCCCCUCCCCCCUGCUGGGCCAGAAGUCGCUGCAGUUGCUGGAGAUCAAAGCCAGGGGGCGCUUCGGCUGCGUGUGGAAGGCUCGGCUCCUCGGGGAAUACGUCGCCGUCAAGAUCUUCCCCGUCCAGGACAAACAGUCGUGGCAGAACGAGUUUGAGAUCUUCAGCCUGAACGGAAUGAGACACGAGAACCUGCUGCAGUUCAUCGGAGGAGAGAAGAGAGGAAGUCACCUGGACCUGGAGCUGUGGCUCAUCACGGCCUACCACGAGAAGGGCUCUCUGACGGACUACCUGAAGGCCAACAUCCUCUCCUGGUCCGACCUGUGUGUCAUCGCUCAGUCCAUGUCCAGAGGUCUGGCCUACCUGCACGAGGACAUACCGGGACACAAGGACGGACACAAGCCUGCCAUCGCACACAGGGACUUUAAGAGUAAGAACGUGCUGCUGAAGUCCAACCUGACCGCCUGCAUCGCCGACUUCGGCCUCGCCCUCAUCUUUGAGGCGGGAAAAUCACCUGGAGACGCACACGGACAGGUGGGGACCAGGAGGUACAUGGCCCCGGAGGUCCUGGAGGGGGCCAUCAACUUCCAGAGAGACGCCUUCCUGAGGAUCGACAUGUACGCCGUGGGGCUGGUGCUGUGGGAGCUCGCCUCGCGCUGCAAGGCCGCCGACGGUCCUCUGGAUGAGUACAUGCUCCCCUUUGAGGAGGAGGUGGGUCUUCAUCCGUCCCUGGAGGACAUGCAGGAGGUGGUGGUCCACAAGAAGCUGAGACCGGCUCUGAGGGAGUGCUGGCAGAAACACGCGGGUCUGGCCGUGCUGUGCGAGACCAUCGAGGAGUGCUGGGACCACGAGGCCGAGGCCCGGCUGUCGGCGGGGUGCGUUCAGGAGCGCAUCGUUCAGACCGCCGUUACGGCGCCCGAGGACGUCGUCACGGUCGUCACCAUGGUAACCAACGUGGACUACCCGCCGAAGGAGUCGAGUCUAUGACGAGGGCCGAUCGGAGCGGAGCCCGGGACUCCCUUCGUGGUCCCGAGGGCCAAUCGCCACGGAGCUGGGUCUCCCUUAGAGGCCGAGGACCAAUCGGGACGGAGCUUGGACUCCCUUAGGUCAGGUGACCCGCAGACUGACAAGGACGGCUGGCAGAGAGGGUCUCUCUCCUCGGGGUGAGCCACACUCGUCUCUGACCUCACUUCCUGUUUGUAUUACAAAAUAAAAGACUUCCCGGACCGACGUUCUGAGAGAAUAAACUCUCCUCUGAUCCUCUAAAUGAUGCCAAGAAGAAACGAUAAACAGCUUCAGAAUGUCUCACUACUGCUGAGUGUUCACGUGUGUGUGUGUGUGUGUAUGUAUAUAUAUACAUAUAUACUGUAUAUAUGAUGUGUGUGUAUAUAUAUAUAUACUGUAUAUAUGAUGUGUGUAUAUAUAUGAUAUUGAGGUGUUUUAUGAGAGAAAGGUGGAUCAAUAACAACAUAAUAAUCUCUCUAUAUAUAUAGACGUGUGUGUAUAUAUACACAGACAUAUGUGUGUGUGUAUAUAUAUAUGUGUGUGUAUAUAUAUAUAAAUAUGUAUGUAUAUGUUCAUAAUCCGUUGAUUGGUCCUCUUUUCUCUCCUUGUGGAGAAUAAUCUGAAGAUUGAAAUGUUUGACGGCCGUUGGAGUUAAAAAGUUUAAUUGAUUUCUUGUCGUAUUUAAUAUGUUCUUGUUUAUUGGUAUUAGUCGUUUGAAAAGUUCUGCUGCACCAAACUCGUUCUGGAUCAAUACGUGUAAUUGAUGGAGGAAUAAAAAUGAAUAACAAUCAAUAAUGACAACAAUCUGCAGACGGAAUAUGUGUUUCAUUUCCAUAAAACGAUCAGAAUGUCAGGAAGCUGGUAACUAAUAAGAUGAAUAUGUAAAGCUUUUAUUUUGUAGUAUCUCCUGCUGGUUUCCUGUUUGGUUCUUUGUAUUUAUUUACACUCACAAGAUGUAAACAUCGAAAUGAUUCAGUAAUGAAGAAAGGAACCAAAGUCAUCGUCACAACCAGGAGAACCAGAACCAAAAUAAUCAGAACCAGGAGAACCGGAAUUGGGAGAAUCGGAAUUAGGAAAAACGUAACCAGAAUCAGAGAGACAUUCAGGGACUUCAGGACAUCAGAACACUGCAAUGUUACACCUCAUUGGAGUUCAGCAGAGCGUCCUCACAGUGCUCUUCUUCCUCUCUGUGUGUGUGUGUGUGUGUGAGAGCUGAAUAGUCCAGAGUUAAUAAAGUUGUAUUAUUAAAACCG